AAUAUACUAUCAAAAAUUAAGUCGCCCAAUUCGAGACAACAUUCCAUUUUCAAAAGAAAAAAAAAUUGAGACAACAUUUGUGUGGAGGAUAAAAUCAGAGAAUUUAAAAAUAAAGAAACGACACAUCACAUCGUACAUGUACUUAUUGUCGUAGAUAGCAUAACCGAGAAUAGGUGGGCUAACCGGGGAAAAUCUCGAAAGAGAAUCAGUGAAGUCGACCUGGGUUUUCGUCACUAGUCCUACCCAAACUUCAGUUUCAAUGGAAGAAAGACCUGUAUCUUCUUCACUGCCAUUACCAUCUACAUCAGCAGAAGAGCUCCAAGAUCAUGUGAUGAGCGAGGUCCACUUGGGUUGCCCACCUGGUCACUCCGGCUCCCACUAUUCCUACUUCUUCUCCUCUGUUCCUCCUGAAGUCGAAGCAGAUUCAACGCAUAAAUCGAUUCUGCUGGAUGAGGAUGGUGAUCUUGUUCUUACUAGACGCAGCAAAUCAUCAAAACAAUUUUUUCGUGUGGUUAUCCAGCAUAAUAUCACAUCUUCAAUUCUAAAUGUGGGUUUGCAAGUGUGGAAAGCAGAACUGUUGUUGUCUGAUUUUUUAUUGCAUAAGAUGUUUACAUCGUCUGAAUUUGAGGGAGUUGUUUCAUUAGAACUUGGUGCUGGCACUGGGUUGGCGGGUAUAUUACUUGCACACGUUGCUAAAACUGUGUUUUUAACAGACCAUGGUGAAGAGAUCCUCAACAACUGUGCUAAGAAUGUCGACCUUAAUUCUGAACUAAUUAACUGUCGAGCUACCAUUCAUGUUCGCGAACUUAAUUGGAUGAAUUCCUGGCCUCCUAGAAUAAGCCUCAAAGAAUCGCCAAAUUGUAAUCGCACAAGGGAUAUCUUUGUCAAAGCAAGGCUGGAAGAAUUUAUAUUGCAAGAAAUGUGGUGUUUCAUGAAACACAAUUUCCUGCCUUACACCAUUCAUCAACAAAUCAGGUACAAAACUCAUCUAAUGUGUCGUUUCCUUUUGCUACUUUUACCACUGUACCUUGGCAUACAACCUCUAAUAAUGCUACUCUUCAUGUCCCCUCUUCAACUGCUGCUGUUCCACGAGCUUCCUCUGUUGCCACAACCUGCUUCAAGUGUCACUAAUUCUCCUACCUUGCCCACAAAUACAACAGCUCCUGUUUUUCACGUGUGCCAACUCUUGCUACAACAGCUAAUGUUGUUCCUUCAACAGUUGUUUCAACUGUGCCAACUUAUACUCAUGUGCAAUCAACAGCUGUCUCAAAUAUGUCAGCUCAUGCUCCUGUGCAAUCAACUGUUGUUUCAGAUGCUUCUUUAGCUCCUUCAGAGGCUCCUAGGACUCAUGCUAUGGCCACUCGGUCUCAACAUGGAACUUACAAGCCCAAGGCUUACUCGGCAACCAAACAUCCCUUACCCGAGUCCUUGCUUCCAAGAGAGCCUACUUCAACUAAACGAGCUUUGGAAAAUCCCCAGUGGUAUCAAUCUAUGAAACACGAAUUUGGUGCUCUUCAAAAGACGGGUACGUGGACCCUUGUUCCCUACCAUUUGGACAUGAACCUUGUUGGCAAUAAAUGAGUUUUUCGUGUGAAGCUCAAAUCGGAUGGCACCUUGGAUAAGUUCAAAUCUCGAUUAGUAGCAAAGGGCUAUCUCCAAACACCUGGAAUUGACUAUCAAGAGACCUGUAGUCCGGUUGUUAAGCCAGCAACAGUUCAUGUUGUUCUUUCUCUUGUUGUCUCGUCUAAUUGGGAUGUCAAGUAACUAGAUGUGUCGAAUGCCUUUCUCAAUGGCCACUCGAGUGAAACAGUUUACAUGCAGCAGCCACAAGGCUUUAUUGUUCCAAAAAAGCUUAAUUUUGUUUGUAAGUUGAACAAAGCUAUCUAUGGUUUGAAACAGGUGCCCCGAGCUUGGAAUGAAAAGUUGAAACAAGCCUUAUUUCAGUGGGGCUUUGUUGCUUCGAAAUCAGAUAACUCACUAUUUGUUUUUGGGUCAGGACAUCAGCUGGUUGUUCUUUUGGUAUAUGUGGACGAUAUACUCAUCACUAGACCAAAUACUGCUCUUAUCUCCAAGCUUAUUGUUGAUCUCAAUAAAUCCUUUUCUCUUAAAAAUAUGGGCUCAGUACAUUACUUUCUUGUUGAAAU